AGCAAACAUUCCUCUGUCAGGCCUGGUCGUGAUUGAGACGCAUGCACGGACAGUACAGUUGAGCGAUACAUAUAUCACUCGCUGGAUAAAGCCUUAAAGAUUCUGGAUGCAGAGGCUAAGUCAGCUUGAAUGAUCUUUCAACAGAUGUAACGGCUGGUCUUCUAAACGCUACUCAGGAAUCAUUGGAUAUAAGAUGUUUAUUCGGACGUUAUGGAUUAUGUACUUGUUAUUUCAUCAAGUAUACUCAGAAGACAGCCUUGCAUGGUCCGAGUGCACUCCAUCAUGCUUGUGUGCCAUUGAUAGUAAUAACUACAUACACGCCCACUGUACUUCGAUCCAGCAGCUUCCCGAUACAGCCUUAAACAACCUGUCCUAUGGUCUUUAUUCGCUGUCUCUUCAGAAUUCCAGUCUUAAAAGAAUAACGAGUAAUGCCUUUCGGGGAUUUGAAAGUCUUCAAAAACUUUCAUUGACUAACAAUGGCAUCCAGAUCAUUGACGAAGGAGCCUUCAAGACCUUCAAUAGCCUGCGAAUACUUGAUCUCCGACAAAAUGACAUCAAAAUUUGGCGCGUUGGGUCAUCCGGGGUCUUAUCAUCUUUGAAAACCAUUCUAAUGUCCGGCAAUAAACAUUGGGUCCCGGAUGAAAACCUAUUGCGAUUGCGCAGUCUCAAGGAAGUGAGUGGAGUAACAUGGAGCUCACAAUGCACUGAGUGCACCUUACUCAAAACAUCUGAAAUCAAAGACUCAGAAGAUUUAACAGAUUUAACAGAUUUGAAUGCUACAAAUAGUACAAAUGGUUCGAUCGAGGACAAUUCUUGCCCAAUAACGCUGGAUAUUUUUUUCAUCCAUCAUAAAGAAGUAACUUACGACAAAGCUUACGAGUUUGUCAAACUUGGCUUCUCACCUCAAUGUUUGUGCCUGUCGUUAGAAUGCCAGGAUAGUGAGAUUGCUCAUCUGUACUUCAAGCAACUUUACGAUACUCCAAAGCAACUAUUCCAUACCCAGUACGCCCUGGGAAUUGUCGUGCUGUUGAUCAACCUUUUGGUAGUUUUAGUAGUGAUAACGUCAAAAGGACUGCGAACCAAUGCAUCAUUUAUCUUGAUCUGUAGUAUGGCCAUGAGUGAUGUGUUGAUCGGGUUAUACACUGUUGGUAUCGCUGUCUUUAAUCCUUUUACGGAAUCGACUGUUACACCCAGUAAAAUGAUGAAAAAUGAAAUCAGUAUGUGCCCAUACCUUGGAUUUGUAUUCACUACAGGUCAGACAACGACAGUGUUUAUAUCUCUGUUGCUGACGGUCGAACGAUACCUUGCAAUAGUGCGYUGCAUCAGACCCCGGCCUAAACUCCAAUUCAAGUACUCACUAGGCAUCUCUGCGCUGAUCUGGAUGCUUGGUUUCUCUUUUGCAGUACCCCCACUAUUUGGAGUCAAGCAGCUUCGAUACCACAAGUGGUUCCAGUGCACAAUGCCUUUCCAUAAGAGUACAGGUGUAUUAGAUGACACCUCGACAGUCACGCUUGUCAUUGCUAUCGGGUUUGUGAUGGUAUACGUGACCAGCGUGGGUCUCUAUCUGUACAUAUAUUUCUUCUUUUGCAAGUCAACAGCGCACUUGGCGAUAAGGCGAGAAGCGCGACUCGCAAAGCGGCUGUCUCUUGUUGUUUGUACAAACUUUCUGUUUUUCGUAGUUCCAACGGUUCUCUUUCUCUACUACGUUUAUCGUUUCAUGGCUGUUUUGUUUGACGUGGGAGAAACGUUUGCGAGUCUCCAGGGAUUCAUCAUCAUGGGGACCUGGGUACCUGUCACUUUACUCGCAGUCAAUUCAUUACUAAACCCUUUCAUGUAUGCCUUCAGACAUCAAAAGUUUCGACGAGAAAUCAGUCGUAUCUGUAGAAGACUGGACAAGUAUUUCGGUCAAACUGUGGUCACACAAGGAGACUUGAAUAAAUAUCAGAGAAAGAACUCACCGCUUAACCAGAAAGACCACUUACAUUUUCUCAUGCUCAGAAAAAAUGAACACGAACGAUGUCUAUGAUCAAUAAUAUAUAAAAUACUAAACAAGACGCGAGUUUGACGUUGAAUUGUACAGUAGCAUGAAGUCUAACAUGCCCAUAAUGUGUAUUUUAAAAUAUAAUCUCUAAAGAGAGAAACGUUAAACUAAGAUAUGUUUGCUAAUAAUCAAUGGUCAGCUAAGGUUAGAAAAKGUUAGAAAACAUGAAGCAUAUCGCGUAUAAGAAAGAUGUUUGUUCAUUAGGUAGAAAACAUGGUUUAGAGAUAUGAUAAAUGAACUGAAAUAAAACGAGUCCUAAACCUGAA